ACGGAGGUGCCGCCGGACGCCUGGGUCCCUGGGACUGAAGGCAGCAGGAGGAGCAGCAAGACUUGCGGCAGGAGCCGCGGCGUGGCACAGCUGCUGCCGGAGCAGAGGGGAGCCCGAGCUGUGCCUGCAUCCCGCAAGAGCAGCACGAUGGCAGAGAAGGGCAUGGAUCCCACGUGCGUCUCCAUUGCCCUGGAGGACACGGUGUGCCACGCCAGCCCCCCGGACGCCCCGCUCCUCACCACCCACCUGAAGAAGGUGGAGAACCACAUCACGGAGGCCCAGAGGUUUUCCCACCUCCCCAAGCGCUCGGCCGUCAACAUCGAGUUCAUCGACCUGUCCUACUCCGUGCGGGAAGGCUCCUGGUGGAGGAAGAGAGGGUACAAGACUCUCCUGAAAUGCCUGUCAGGGAAGUUCUGCCAGCGGGAGCUUAUUGGGAUCAUGGGGCCCUCGGGCGCUGGGAAGUCCACCCUCAUGAACAUCCUGGCUGGCUACAGGGAGACCGGCAUGAAGGGCCAGAUCCUGGUGAACGGCCGGCCACGGGACCUGCGCACCUUCCGCAAGAUGUCCUGCUACAUCAUGCAGGACGACAUGCUCCUGCCACACCUCACCGUGCUGGAGGCGAUGAUGGUCUCUGCUAACCUGAAGCUGAGCGAGAAGCAGGAGGUGAAGAAGGAGCUGGUCAACGAGAUCCUGACGGCUCUGGGGCUGCUGGAGUGCUCCUACACCCGCACCAUCUCGCUGUCUGGGGGCCAGCGCAAGCGCCUGGCCAUCGCCCUGGAGCUGGUGAACAACCCUCCGGUCAUGUUCUUCGACGAGCCCACCAGCGGUCUGGACAGUGCCUCCUGCUUCCAGGUGGUUUCCCUGAUGCGGUCGCUGGCUCAGGGCGGGCGCACCAUCAUCUGCACCAUCCACCAGCCCAGCGCCAAGCUGUUCGAGAUGUUUGACAAGCUGUACAUCCUGAGCCAGGGCCAGUGCAUCUUCAAAGGCGUCGUGACCAACCUCAUCCCCUACCUGAAGGGCCUCGGCCUCCACUGCCCCACGUACCACAACCCCGCCGACUUCAUUAUUGAGGUGGCCUCGGGAGAGUACGGCGAUCUCAACCCCGUGUUAUUCCGCGCUGUCCAGAACGGCAUGUGCACCAUGGCCGAGAAGAAGAGCAGCCCUGACAAGGCAGACUCGUCGUGCCCGGCACACUGCGUGGGGGAUGUGGACCACAUAGAGAGCCACACAUUCGCCACCAGCACCACGACCCAGUUCUGCAUCCUCUUCAAGAGAACAUUUAUCUGCAUCCUGCGGGACACGGUGCUGACCCACCUGCGGUUCAUGUCCCACAUCUGCAUCGGGGUGCUCAUCGGGUUGCUCUACCUUCACAUUGGCAACGACGCCGGCAAAGUCUUCAACAACACCGGGUUUCUCUUCUUCUCCAUGCUCUUCCUCAUGUUUGCUGCGCUGAUGCCCACCAUCCUCACUUUCCCCCAGGAGAUGUCGGUAUUCCUGCGAGAGCACUUGAACUACUGGUACAGCCUGAAGGCCUAUUACCUGGCCAAGACCAUGGCGGACGUGCCUUUCCAGGUGAUCUGCCCCAUCGCGUACUGUAGCAUCGUGUACUGGAUGACGGGCCAGCCUCCCGAGGCCACGCGCUUCCUCCUCUUCUCCGCCCUGGCCACCGCCACGGCCCUGGUGGCCCAGUCCCUCGGGCUUCUCAUCGGAGCAGCUUCCACUUCCCUGCAGGUGGCCACCUUCGUGGGACCCGUCACUGCCAUCCCUGUGCUGCUCUUCUCAGGCUUCUUCGUCAGCUUUAAGACCAUCCCCACCUACCUGCAGUGGAGCUCCUACGUCUCCUACGUCAGGUACGGCUUCGAGGGCGUCAUUCUCACCAUCUACGCCAUGGAGCGCGAGGACCUGGAGUGCCUCGAGGACUUCUGCCCUUUCCAAAAGCCCAUCAAGAUCCUGCAGGAGCUGGAUGUGGAGGAGGCCAAGCUCUACCUGGACUUCCUCAUCCUGGGCAUCUUCUUCGUCAUCCUGCGGCUCCUGGCUUACCUGGUCCUCAGGUACAAAGUCAAGUCAGAGAGAUAAAGGGGCCUCAGGGCCCCGAAGCCAUUCCCGGGCCUGGCCUGCUGUGAGAGACGAUCUACAGAAGGACACGGCGCUCCUGGCAGGUCACGGUCCGCGGCGGAGGCGUUGGCAGGUGCCAGCCAGGCCUGGCUCAGUCGAGAAGGGUUUUGAGACGUCUCGGAACUGUUUUAACCUUUCCACACACUCGUCAUCGCAAAUGUUUUGUACAGCCCUGGCAUGUGCCGCCCUCUCUCCUGGGACUGCCGCAUCUCGUGGAGCCCGGACCCCCUCUCGUCGCCCCUGCCCAGCACUGCCCGCUCCACCAAGCCCCUCUGGACACUGGGGACAGUCCCGCAGAGGCAAGCGUCUGCAAAGGCAGACCGAGAGCAAGGCGGAGAGGAGCUGGCAGCGCCAGGCGGGAGGGGAGAGGCGCUCGGGGGCUGCCCCAGCCCGGGGGCCCCCGGACAGCAGCAUGUGUGUCAGGGCUAAGGAGCGCCCCGAGAUGCAACAGGCCGAGUUGCACAAGGCUUUUGCUGUUUCCUGUCACUGCAACCACAGAAAUUGCUGCGUUCCCUUCCUCUCUCCUCCUGCAGAAAUCUCCCCCUCCUGUUUUUUCUCCUUUUUUAUUUAUUUUAUUAUUAUUUUUUUUUAACCCCACUGCUUCCCAGUGUGUGGAGGGAAAUGGGAGCUAGCAGAGGAGGCCUUGGAGAGCUCUGCCUCAGACCGCUGCUCUUACGCCAUCCUCAGAGACGGGAGCUUUGAACCGAGGGAUGUGGCAGGGUCUGUGGGAACGGGACAGUGUUGUCAGGCCUUAGGCUGCCUUUGGGGUCUGAGCUGAGAGGCUAAAAGUGACCAACAUGGAGAGAAGUGACUGGUUCCCUCAAGUGCUGUGAGACACUGGGAGGAUGCGGGUCCUGCGCCCUAGCAGUGCUGAGCCUCGGGCAUCGCUGGCGCCGCCGCUGCAGGAGCAGAGCUGGCCCCCAGCCCUUUGGGGCUGCCUGCAUCCCCGGUGCCGCCUCGCUCCUCUCCUCCCUGUGGCUGUCCCAGCAGAGCGGGGAAGAUGGCCCUUGCUCAGCCCGGGCUUUGUGCUGCCUGCAAGGAGAGGAUGCCAGCCCAGGGGAUGCCCGGCCUCAUCGCAGAGGGGUCCUUCCAGUGCGACAUGGUGCAGAAGCAGGUCCCAGCAGCACAACAGCUGCAAAGCAGGUGAGAUCCUCGAGCAGUUCAUUCGUGUUGCACAAUCCCAACGUAGGGAAGGGCCUUGCACUUCAUGACUGGUAUCCAGAGAAGGUCUCUUUGGCAAGCGUCUCUGGUGGCCCCUCCAAAGUCACCUGCGCCCCUUGCUGAGGCAUGGCGUUUUGGCACCUCGCUGGUUCUCCAACGGGAGCGGAGCUGAGACCAGAAGCCGGCAGGGUGUUUGCAGAUGCUGCAACACUGGGAACAGAGAGCGCAGCCCAGCCACAUCACGCAGGCCUGUCCCCACUGGCAAGGGGCUGCGUGGAUUCACCCAUGGACCUGGAAACACAGUGCUUCCCGGUGAGCCUGAACAGGGGAAGGCAGCUCUGCACUGCUCUGGCACAUGGGACCCUGCUUCAGGUGCAGUCUGUGAGACACUAGUGUCGGCUCCCUCUGAGCAGUGGGGGAUUUCAGGACAAGGGCCAGGAAGAAGAGGAGCAGGUUUCAGCUCUCUGUGGAGAACAAAAAACUCCUUGAGACUCUUCUUUACUUUUCCUGGCUCCUGUUGGGACUGCUGCACUCAGCACAGUGCAGCUGAUGGGAAAUGUGUGGAGACGUGAUCGCGUUGAUGCUGGACCGUCAGCAAGGUCGGGUUUUCCUCUGCCUGGACUGCAUUGCUGUGAGGAGCUCGUGUCCACGGGGCACUCUUGCAUGGAGGUCCCAAGGUGGGAUGUGCCCUGGUGCCAUUUCUGUGCUGAGCACGGAGGAUUCCCCAGGGGCUCUUGGCUGACUUUCUGCUGUGCCUCCCCAAAUUCCCCUCCAUUCCUGGAUCCUCCUUUGCUGCCUGCCCUGCGGCGUGCUCUGCAAUGUAGUCGCGUCAGCUCGA